AUGGACGCGCCGGGAGAGCUGCAGUGCGUGGGCCGGCUCGAGAUCGCCGCGCCGCCGCCGGCGCGCUACCUUCGCGUCGGCUCCCUCCCCGUCCCCACCGACUCCUCUGCCUCUCUCCCAGCUCUCCUGCCCUCUCCGUCCCCGACUGGUGCUCCAAGGUAUCAAAUGCUGCCAUUAGAGACUGAUCUGAACACACUCCCUAUGAUUCCAAACAUCCCAGAGAAGGUUUUUUCAAGUGAUGCAAAGAGUACUGAAGGAUUACGGUAUGACAGUGGUCAUAUCAACCAGAACUUAUCAAGGAAAUGCGAAGCACUAGCUGUGUCAGGUUUGGCGGAAUAUGGUGAUGAAAUAGAUGUGGUUGCCCCAGCCGAUAUCAUGAAGCAGAUUUUCAAAAUUCCAUACUCAAAGGCACAAGUAUCUAUUGCUGUAAACCGUAUAGGAGAUACACUCAUUCUAAACACAGGGCCUGAUGUUGAUGAAGGUGAAAAGAUAUUCAGAAGACAAGGUAACCCGCCUAAAGGAUCUGAUCCAUCAAUAUUUCUGAAUUUCGCAAUGCACUCUGUGCGAGCAGAAGCUUGUGAUUGUCCCCCAAGUCAUCAAUCUUCACAGGAGAAGCAAACAGCAUCCGCAGUCUUGCGUGGAUCCUUUGACUGUGGCGAGGGUUCUUUUGAUUCAUCCCCAUCAUCUAGUUUUAGCACAUCACCGUAUCUGAAUCAGAAUGACAGUAAAGGUAGAAAAGCUCCACAUAGUACUCAUGAAAGCCUGUACUUGGGAGCAAUGGAAAACAAUCGAAAAGUCAAAGGAUCUGAUCCUAUAAAAAAAACCACUCGGGUUGGUGAAAAAGCCAGCUGUGAGGUGCAAGAAUCUGAGGAGAGCAAGAGAGUGGGAAAUAAUGGAUUUCGGAAAGUUUGCUUUUGGCAAUUCCACAAUUUCCAUAUGCUUUUGGGUAGUGACUUGCUUAUAUUUAGCAAUGAGAAAUAUACUGCAGUCAGUUUGCACCUAUGGGAUGUUUCUAGACAGGUUACUCCAUUGAACUGGCUUGAAGCUUGGCUUGACAAUGUAAUGGCAAGUGUUCCAGAAUUGGCCAUAUGUUACCAUAAGAAUGGUGUUGUUCAAGGUUAUGAGCUUUUAAAGAAUGAUGAUAUAUUUCUCCUUAAGGGUGUCUCAGAUGAUGGCACACCUGCGUUUCAUCCACAGGUUGUCCAGCAAAAUGGCCUUGCUGUCCUGAGGUUCAUUCAGGAUAACUGUAAGCAAGACCCUGGUGCAUAUUGGCUGUACAAAGGCGCUGAAGAAGAUGUCAUACAGUUAUAUGAUCUGUCUAUCUUACCUGAAAAACAUACAGCUGGUGAUCUUAGAUCUCCAUGCGGUCCUAUGUCAUCUUUUAUAGACAAGGGAAGAAAGGAGUCAUUGUUCUCUCUGGGUACACUCCUUUAUCGGGUUGCUCACAGGAUGUCCUUGUCAAAGGUGCCUAGUAAUAGAGCAAAAUGUGCAAAAUUCUUCAGAAAAUGUUUGGAUUUUCUCAGUGAGCAGGAUCACCUGGUUGUCCGGGCAUGUGCUCAUGAACAAUUUGCAAGACUCAUCCUCAAAUGCUAUGAGGAGCUGGAACUGACAUCUGAAUCAUUUAUGAUUGAGUCUGAAGUCACCCUUACUGAUUUGGAUGAUGAUUCUCCAGAACUGAGACUUGAGAAUUUACCAGGAAAACAAAAUGUGCUGCCAGAGCUUGGCAAGAAUGAGCCAGCAGUGUUAGAUGAUGUGUUGGACUGCACACCAUCAAUCUCUUCUGGUAUGACAAAUAGUUUAGAAGAACCAAGCCAAGCUGAUGGUGGUUCUUCAUCUUCAGUUACAAAAGAUGAUGUUUCUCUGGACAGCUUGGUGAUGUGUCAGUCUGGUAUUUCAAAAACAAUUGCUGAUGCAAUCUCCUCUAAGUUGGCUGCUAUACACCACAUAUCUCAAGCUAUCAAAUCCCUUAGAUGGAAUCGACAGCUGCAGAAUAGUACUCAGCAUGGUUGCGUGGACAAUGCAGAUACCAUUUGGGAGAGGUCAGUCGACUUCUCUUUAUGCCGAUGUGGUGAUGUUGAUUGUAUUGAGGUCUGUGACAUCAGGGAGUGGCUUCCAAAAUCAAAAAUGGAUCAUAAGUUGUGGAAACUUGUUCUUUUGCUAGGGGAAUCUUAUUUGGCACUUGGAGAGGCAUACAAGAAUGAUGGGCAGCUUCAGCGCACCCUUAAAGUUGUUGAAUUAGCUUGUUUGGUAUAUGGGUCUAUGCCUGGACAUAUUGAUGGCGACGAGUUCAUCUCAUCCAUGCCCAAUAGUUCGUUGAGUCGAGAAGAUGUUGGUCUAAAAACUAAACUUGUACUGGAUGAGGCAGAUUAUUGCAAUAACAAAAGAUGCUUCAGUUAUGAUGUUUCUUCCCACCAACUGCCACCAAAUUAUUUGUUCUGGGCAAAGGCAUGGAUGCUUGUUGGUGAUGUCUAUGCAGAAUAUCACAGAUUGAAUGGUCAUCAAGCAAAGUUGGUACCAGUACAGAAGUCUCAUGGCGAAGUUAGAAUGUCAAAUGAAGUUGCAUUGGAGGUCAAACGCCUUAAGCGAAAACUGGGAAAGGAUAAGCAGAAUUGUGACACAUGCUCGUUGAUAAACUGUAGCUGCCAAAGUGACAGGGCAAGUAGUGGCAGCAGUGCAAGCAGCAGUAGUUCUGAGGCCUCUAAACUUUAUGGCCGAAAGAAAAAUAAAAAAUCACUUGGCAAGAACCUUCAAUCACAAUAUAGAGAAACCAGCAAGAACCCCAAUGCACAAGAAGCUACACAAGUUUCUGAGAAAAAACAGCAUGAUGUGAAUGAUACUUGUAUUGAGAACAACCUAGUAUUAAAUGAUGAUAUUGGUCAUUACAGUCAGGACAGGGAAAAACAGUCAAGAAAUGUUGAUGGAGUUCCUGAUAAAUCUCAAGCAAGUGUUCCUACUGUGAGGGAUGGUGGUAUCUUCAAGUUCCUUGGUGGUCCAAAACCAGGAGAUUUUGAGUACAACUUGUCUUCUGCUAUUCACUGCUAUGGUGCAUCCAAGGGAGCACUGUUCACAUUUCCUGUGCAUUCAGUAGAAACUUCCACGGUUCUUAAGAAAAGAGGCUGGGCAUUUAAUGAACUGGGCCGCUGUAGACUUGAGAGUAGAAAUCUGGGUAGCGCUGAGAUUGCUUUUGCAGAUGCUAUUAAAGCAUUUCAAGAGGUCUUUGACAACACAAAUGUUAUACUGAUCAACUGUAACUUAGGUCAUGGUAGGAGAGCUUUAGCAGAGGAAUGUGUAUCCAGGAUUGAUGAAUUUCAGAAGCAUGAUCUUCCUGAAGGCACAUAUAUGCAAUCCUUCAAAUCAGCGAAGUCAGAAUAUUUUCAAGCAAUAAACUACUAUUCCGCAGCUAAGACCCAACUGAAGUAUGUCAAUACUGAGGUCGAUAAAGUACUAUACCAUGAGGUUUACACACAGUAUGCUCAUACCUACCUGAGGCUUGGAAUGCUUUUGGCAAGGGAAAGCUUCUUAACUGACAGUUAUGAAGGUGGACUUGUCGAUGAGUCAUCUAACAGAACAGUUCUAGAGAUUUCAGCUAGUGAUGCUUUUCGGGAGGCUUUGUCUACAUAUGAAUCCCUUGGUGAACAUCGCAAACAGGAAGCUGCUUUUGGUCAUUUUCAGCUCGCUUGUUAUCAGAGGGAUCUGUGCUUAAGGUUUCUGGAUUUAGUCGACAAGGAGGUUAAACAGAAAAAUGAGGAUAAAUAUCGUCAGAAAAGUAAGUGGUAUGGUUCACUAGCUGAGAAGAACUGGCAGAAGGCUUUAGAAUUUUAUGGGCCGAAGACACAUCCUACUAUGUUUCUUAACAUCCUUAUGGCACAGUCUGCCCUUUCUAUUAAUAUUUCUAAUUCCUUCCACUCAACCGUGAUGCUUGACACUGCUCUGACUCACUUGUUGGAAGGCCGGCAUGUGGUGGAAGCAAAUGAAGACUACUACAACGAUAUGGACCUGGACAUAAAACCAAAGUUCUGGAGCCAGCUGCAGAGCCUGCUGAAGAGGAUGCUGGCGGGAUCCCUGCCUAGCAGCACAGGCAGAGUAGCUUCUUCUGUCAGCCAGGCCAGCACUAGCAACAGAACAGAAGCUGCUAAGCUGAAAGAGAUGUAUCGUUUGUCGCUCAAAUCUUCUACUCUGGGCCAGCUGCAUGCGUUGUACAAGCUUUGGGUCGCCGACGCCGGGGUACAGCACCAGCACGACGACCUCGGCGGCAGUGCCACAUCCGCAGACGGGGGCUGUGACGGUGGCAGUGACGACAGCUGGGCGCGCGCGCUGCUCCGCCGGGGAUGGGACCUGUCCCGGAAGGCCGCCAUCGCGGCCACGGCCGCGCCCGUCGUGGCCCCGCCACUGCUUGUCCUGUCCCUCGCCGGCGUCGCGCUAUCCCUACCCUUCGCCGCCUACCUGGCCAGCCUCGCCGCCACCGACCGUCUUAUGGGCGCACUCCUGCCGGCGCCUCGCACCCAGCCGUACCACGCCUGCGACCUCGAAGACGAUGGAUUCUUGGAUACAUCUGACGCGCCCAGCGGCGAGGCCCCUGUAUUCGACCACUGGUGCGACACAGAGAACGACGCCAUCAUGGAGGACAACGAGAGCUUUGUGUCGUUGCCGCUGUCACGGGAACCUCGAUUCUCCGAAGAGCCGGUACCGUCGUCGACCGACGUAGAGGAUAAGAUGGCUGAAGGUAAAUUUCUUUCCCGAGAAUUGGGCCACGAGUCACUAGUGUUGGACAAUAGGGAACAGGAAGAGGAGGGCACAACCAUGGAGGACAUUGAGUAUAUUACCAUGGAGGCACCGCCGCGGGGCUCCGAUGUUUCCGGAUCAGCAGUGCCAGUGUUGCGUGAUGAAGACAAUAUGGUUCAGAGACUGGUAGAAGCUCCUCUUACAGCCAAGGAAUCAGUCGAAGAGUUAUCUGUAUCAGACAAUGAGGAAAGAACAGAGGAUGGCAAGUGUAAAGAUAUAGAGGAAAUGGAGUCCUUGAAGGAGAUUCUGUCACUGGGCGUCGACAUCACAGAUUCACAGAAUUAG